AUGGAUAAAAUCCAGACCACGUGGAUCCAGGCAGUUGACGAUCACGAUCUGGUCUUUUUUGUCCUUGUUGCUAUGAUCAACCGAAUCAAGGAGAAGCUGUCAGUACGGAGGAAACGCGGAUUGAAUACCAGCACUGUCGACACCAGUAUUACAGGUGGAAGCCACUCGUCUCCCCAUCAUCAGCGUCAAUUCGAACCAGCCCAAGUGACGAAGGUUGGCUUUCCCGAAUACAGCUACGUGGUAAUCACGUCGAGUGGUCAACAACAGAAAAUCAACUGCGUCCACGUCAAGCAAUGGCAGAGAAGAGCUCAAGUGGCUUCUGGCUUCUUCAUGUGGAACCCCAGUUCGCAAGUAUUUAUCGGUGGACAAGCUACUCGACUACUCGACUUGGCGGUGUACGAGCAGCAGAAUCAAGCGUUCUGA